UUAUUUUUGUGUUUUUCCGCGUACAAUAUGACGUAUCAACAGGUACCAGUCAUCUUGACGACAACAACGCUUCAAAAUGGCCGCAAAAGCAACAACAAUCAAGGAAGCCUUGGCCAAAUGGGCUGAAAAGAGUGAAUGUAAGGCAGAGGAAGCAAAGAUUGUCAAACUGUUGGGUCAGAUUCCACCAAUAGAAAAGAUGGAUGCCUCUCUGUCCACACUAACAUGCUGCGAACAGCUGUCAAUUUCAACAAAUACUAUUGAAAAGAUUGCCAAUCUGAAUGGUUUAAAACAUUUGAAAAUUUUGUCGUUGGGAAGAAACAGUAUAAAGUCGUUAACAGGACUGGAAGCUGUAGGGGACACUUUGGAACAGCUAUGGAUCUCAUAUAAUUUGAUUGAAAAACUGAAAGGCAUCAACGUUCUUAAAAAACUAAAGGUUUUAUAUAUGUCCAACAACAGUGUAAAAGAUAUGGCUGAAUUUUCAAAAUUGGCUGAUUUACCAUGCCUUGAGGAACUUGUAUUCACAGGUAAUCCUCUAGAAGAAAGAUUGACCGCUGAAGGAACUUACAGAACUGAUGUGGCUAAUAAACUUCCAAAGUUGAAAAAAUUAGAUGGUGUACCAGUAAUUAGAGAAGAAGAUGAUGAAGAUUAAAGAUCUUUGUUUACCUGAUUGAACUUGUCAUUGAUAACAUAAUGUGCCUAUUUUUAUCAACCAA